AUGGGCGAGAUUGGACGGUCCAGUCUUGGGCGGCAAUCCAAAAGAAAGAUCAUCAUGGAGAUAGCUAAGGGUCUAUCCUAUCUCCAUGAGGAAUGCAAGCAGAAAAUAUUUCACUUGGAUAUCAAACCCCAAAACAUCCUCUUAGAUGAAUACUUCAAUGCAAAAAUUUCUGAUUUCAGAUUGUCAAAACUAAUUGAUAAGGACCAAAGCCAAGUUUUAACAACUUUGGGGGGAACACCAGGCAAUAUGGCUCCUGAAUGGUCUCAACCCGAGGAAGAUAUGCAUUUACUAAGUCUAUUUAAAAGGAAAGCCGAAAAGGAACGAUUGAUCGAUAUCAUUGAUAAAGGCAAUGAUGAAAUGCAAUUACAUAGUACAGAAGUUGUGGAGAUGAUGAGGGUUGCUGUGUGGUGUCUACAAAAUGAUUUUUCUAAGAGGCCUUCCAUGUCAGUGGUGGUUAAGGUCUUGGAGGGUUCUGUUGAUGUUGAUAAUAACUUGGAUUAUAACUUCAGAAAUCCUGUGAUACGAAGAACAAUUGCAAAUGCUGGUCAGCAAGAGGAUGCCAUUGGCCCUGCUUGUACUCUAUUGUCUCCAUUAGCUCUAUCAAGACCAAGAAGCAAUUACUACAUUGAUGAGAAAUCAAAGUUAGAGGAUUGCAAAAAGAGUUGCUUGAAACAUUGUUCAUGCAAAGCCGCUUUGUUUGCACAUGACUGGGACUAUUCAAAAAAAGGUUGUUUAUUGCUAUCUGAAGUCUGUUCUCUUAUAAAUAAGAAGGGAGGGGAUGAUAAAGUCAUUAUAUUUCUUAAACUACAAAAAUCUCCAAUUCCUUCACUAACAAAUUCUCCUCCAAAGAAAUCAACAAAAAUUAUAGUCAUAUUGGGAUAUGGUCUUGGAGCUUUCUUUGGUGUAUGUUUUAUGGUUGCUGCUUGCAUUUUCAUUUUCAAAAACAAAGGAGAAUCCGAGGGACUUGAUGAGUUCUUUAGUGAUCAAGUACUAGGGCUGCAUCCUAGACUCUCUUAUGAAGAAUUGAGAGCCAUGACAAGCAAUUUGGAUAAUAAGCUCAGGGAAGGAGGGUUUGGGUUAGUGUUUCAAGGGAUAUUAAGUAAUGGCGCCAAAGUAGCUGUGAAGUGUCUCAAUGGUUUUGGUCAAGCUAAAAAGUCAUUCUUAGUUGAAGUUGAGACAAUAGGCAACAUUCACCAUUUCAAUUUGUUCUUUCAAAGGCACCAAGAGCUCACUCUUGGGUGGCAAUCCAGAAGGAAGAUCAUCAUGGAUAUAGCCAAGGGACUAACCUAUCUCCAUGAGAAAUGCAGGCAAAAAAUAUUUCACUUGGAUAUCAAAGCCCAAAACAUCCUCUUAGAUGAAUAUUUCAAUACGAAAAUUUUUAAUUUUGGAUUAUCAAAACUAAUUAAUAGAGACCAAAGCCAAGUUGCAACAAUGAUGAAGGAAACACCUGGCUAUUUGGCUCCCGAAUGGUUAAACUCAAUUAUCACUGAUAAAGUAGAUGUCUAUGACUUUGGUGUUGUGGUCUUGGAAAUGUUGUGUGGGCGCAAAAAUUUAGAUGGAUCUCAACCUGAGAAAGAUAUGCAUUUACUAAGUCUAUUUAAAAGGAAAGCAGAGGAGGAAUGA